AUGUCUGGGUGCUUGAGCUUGCCUGCGAGUCCAAUUCCAGGCUCCCAGAUCGAGAACUCGAUGGAAUUCGGCCGGCUUUGUUUGUCCACCGCCGCGACGGUGAAGCCGGUGGUAAAUAGCAGAUUGACCGCUUGCAGCACCAGCAGGGCGCCCAGCGGAAGCGAGCCGCUCUGCGACUCGUCCACGGCGGGCUUCGUCGAGAGAUUGUCGAUCAUUUUGUCGUGGCUGACCAGCACGUCGACCAAUCCGUUGGUGGUCUCUGCGCUGGACAGAUCUGUCGAGCACAGCGAGUCGAACCCGAUGGUGGCGGCCGUGGACCCGUUGGAGCUGCCAGAGGCCUGUGUGUGCGGGUCAACGGUGUUGUUGAGGGACCAGAAAAGCGUUUUUUCUGCAGAUGCGAGCUCUGCCUUCUCGUACAGAUACGGCAGCAGCCUGGUGAGCAGCCGUGCGCAGUUAAGCGCCUCUGACUUGUUGAAGGUGCCGGAUUCGGCCUGUCUCGCAAGACUGACGAGCCGUGUGGCGGUGAGCCGGAUCAGCAAGAAGAAAUUGCGGGGGUUGGUGUCUCUCAGAAGCACAAUGUUGGCGGGCGAGAAGGCAGCAAAGACGUCGUUGACGCUGCGCGGCAGCGUCCAGAAGGAGGCCCAGAUCGCAUCAGAAGCGGCUAUGUGGCUGAGAGGGUCUGCGAGACGGAACAGACGCUCUGCCAGGGCCGGUUUUGCAUCUUUAGGGUCCAUGGCCGCAAUUGGCGUGCAAAUAAUUCUGGUAGGAAAAUUGCAGAAAAUACAGAAAAAUGCAUUAAAUCGUUAG